AGCGGGGGAGGAGCAGACCCUAUGCUGGAAGUACAGGUCUUGGACCAAAAGUUGUCCUUCCUUGUUGACACAGGGGCAACUUAUUCAACAAUGAACAUCCAAAUAGCAGAACCUCAUCUCUCCGCAUUACCAGAUGGCACAAACUGGACCUGCAUGGCUGGUGACACCACUAAUGGACAGUGGCUCUUGUGUCCUGUGGAACCUGAAUAUGCUGACAUUUACUGGGGACUUUUGGAACCAGAAACCCCUGCUGGGGGCGGCAUCCUCUCUGCUUACCUGAGGUGGAAACCCUGGGUGUCUCUCCUUGCACCCUAUACUGCCCCUCCUGAUCCUCCUCAUGUAACCCUCUUUUAUGAUAGACAGGGUGAUGAUUGUUAUCAGGACUGGUUUCAGGAAAAUUUAGAAGGUAACAAAUGGCAGAUUUCAUCAGAAAACAUUUAUGUGGGACCUGAAGGUGUGGCCUCAACAGUUAAACUCACUGAUGCACAACUUCAGGGGUACAAAAUGGGACAAGAAGCAGUGCCUCAUGUGUCUUUAGCACUACAUCCUGAACAUCAAGCAAAAGAUUUAGGCCCUAUGGUUAAAAAAGUGAUUGAAACUAAUGACUGGGUUCCUUCUCAGAUUCCUUGUGUCUCCUUCUCUCCCAGUUGCAGGACUUGGUGCAUUCAGCUGCGGGCCAGGGACAUUGUUGCAUUACAGCAUGAACAGAUCUCUAGAGACCAUGGCAGGGAAAAGACAGAUCAGAACUUUUAG